UGUCUCUUCUUCUCAGGCUACAUUGAACCUGACAUCCAGUUCUGCCACAAUGAAGACCAGCACCCUUUAGAAGAGAAAGAACCGGUCCAGAACAAGGACUUGCCUGAUCCGUCCUGGAGAUCCGCGGAUUGUUGGAAACAACCAUCAGAGAGCGACGGCUCCGAGUCCACCAUCGUCUCGUUCGACCGGAGCACUGGGCCUCAUCACUUCCUGUCCAAGAACACCGACACCAUCGACUUCUUCCACCUGCUCUUCCCUUCGGAGCUCAUGGAGCUGAUCACCAACGAGACCAAUGCCCACGCGAAGACCUGCCGGUUCAUGGGCUCCGGCUACUCGGACUGGGUCCCCGCCACCAUCCACGAGAUCAAAGGUUUCCUCGGCCUUGUCAUUCUGAUUGGGAUCCAGAACCUUCCGGACCUGUCGCACUACUGGUCCUGGAGUCACUACGACAACAGCUACACCUUCUACCGCGCCAUGAGCUUCAAACGCUUCAAGCAGAUUGCCGCCAACAUCCGCAUGGGCAGCUUCACCACAGAAGAGCUUCGUGGAACCGGCAACCCCAGCGACUCGCUGCACAUCUUCAGGCCGAUGCUGAAUAUUCUGGGAGGAACCAUGUGGCACGCCUAUCAGCCGAACUGCUGCCUGUCCGUCGACAGGGCGCUGCUGCCCUGCCCGGAGGAGGAGACGAGCUGCUACAUCAAGGCGGAUCCAAAGACCCAGCCUCAGGUGUGGCUGCUCUGCGAUUCCAAGUCCGGCUACUGCCACCGCUUCUUCAUCCAGGUGGGAGAGAAGGAGGGCCAGGAGCAAGGCUUCACCAUAGUGCCAGAGCUGGUGAAGGAUCUGGAGGACAAACACCACCAGCUUUACCUGGCUAGUUCGCUGGCAUCUGUCCCACUCAUGCAGAAGCUUCUGGACCAGGGCAUCUACGCCUCCAGCUCCUUCCCUCCACUCAACCCCAUACUGCCCAGAGAGCUGUGGGAGGAAGGUUGCCUGGAGGAAGCCGGGGACUUCCUGCAGAGACAGUUUGGCCCCCUGCUGGCCACCCGCUGGAGGGACACCAAAGAGAUGGGCUGCCUGUCGACUAACGCAGCUCCGGGUGAACAGGACACCGUUUGGAGGAGGUCUCAGACCAAAGUGGGCGGAUUGGACCCGAUAGACCGCCCCAUGGCCUUCUGCCUCCUGCAGGAGAACAUGCGAGGGGUUGACAUCUGCAAGCAGUUGCUGGCCUGCAACCCUCUAGGGGGAAUCCCCCAGGACCGGCACUGGCGCGGCCUCUUCUGGUUUCUGGUCAACCUGAGCAUCGUCAACGCCUUCAUCGUGCUGCGGGAGAGCCGCAAGGACAACCCGCCGGCCUGGGUGCAGGACGGCCUCUUUACUCAGGUCAACUUCCGCAAGCGUUUGGGCAACCAGCUCGCCAAGUGUGCUCAGAACUACUUCGAGACCAUGGAGAUCGCCAGCUCCCGCGGGAUGAGGGUAGAGGCGACUGAGGCCCCAGUUAAACAAAGACACCGGAUGGGGAAGAUCAGCAGCAUCUCCAAGAGGUGCAAGACCUGCCAUUUAAAGAACCUCCGGCAUGAGAGCGUGUACGGCUGCAUCGUCUGCAGAGCAAACCUGUGUAAACUGCCGAGUUGCUUCUGGGAAUUUCACGGCUUGUCGCGCAUAAACAAAGGAUCAACAAGAGUUGGAUUUAUCAAGGACAGAAUAAGCGGAGAAAUCACGGUGAAGGAGGUUGAGGACAACGUAGACGGGGCGAUGGCGCCCGUGGAGGACCUGGACUUUUCUGACAAUGAGCUGGAUGACAUGGACGAUGACACUGAAGAUGUUAAGGAAGAAUUCAUCAAAGAAGUAAAACGUCCAAUGUCUCACCUGCCGUCAACGACCAACGGCCACGCCCAACCGACGACCACCCCGUCCGCCUGUAAAGAGCGCAAUGAUUUCCUCACCGCCCGUCAGCUCAGGAUCGCCCUCUUCGCUCUGUGCGACGGACUCCGCCAAGCCUCCAGGGUGUUUUUAACCGAGACGCAGCUCAUCCGAUCCUGGCUGAAGGAUGCCAAGAAGCGUUUGAAGUCAAAUGAACGGGAGCAGAAGUUGGACGCCAACGGUGGGGACCGCAUGGUGGGCUGGGUGCUGUCCAUGCGCGAGCAGCAGCUUCCGAUCACAGAGAGCAACCUCUUCCACAAGGCCUCCACGCUGAAGAAGAAGGGAGGUUUCAGUGACUCCUUCCGCAUCUCCUACGACUGGGCGGUGAGCUUCAUGCUGAAGCAUCGGCUGGGCGUUCGGAGCAUCGGCAGGGCGGCCACACUGGAUCGGGCUCUGCCGCUUUCCCUGGAGGCCAAGAUCAAGUCCUUCAGGGAUUUUACGCAGAAGGUCAUCCGGGUCAACAAUCUGCCGGAAAGCGCCGUGGCUGCGAUGGACGAGUUGUGUCUCUUUGUGGAUUUGAGGUUAGUUCAGGACAAGUCUCGCCGCUCGGAUGCCCUGGAGCUCACUGGGUCAUUACCUCUGGUCACCGUGUACCUGACGGUGCUAGCCGACGGUACCAUGUUGCCGUCUGUGGUGCUGGCGAACCGGCAGCUGGCUGAGAAAGUCCUGCCCGAGUUUAUCCUGCUGGAGGCCGGACCAGAGAGACUGUUAGUAGAAGAAACCUUGGAUCUCUGGACUAACAAGGUUUGGCUGAAGCACGUGUCCGGUCCAACUAGGCCCAGUAAAACAAUGCUGGUCUUGGACCGACACCGGGAGCACAUGGGAGAUCCGUUCCUCACUUCCAUCAGCGGAUCGGGCACCUUGCCGGCUGUGAUUCCUGGAGGCUGCUCUUUCCGUCUUCAGCCCCUGGAGAUUUGCGUGAAGCCGGUUCUGCAGCACUUCCUGUUGUCACGCUGGGCAAAGUUCACCGCCGGAAACCCAAAGGAGUUGGAGGAGACGUCGCCCCACCAGCUCCAAGCGAAUGUGACCCAGCAGCUGGUUGACUGGCUGGUCGAGGCCCUGACGGACUUAAACAAACUCCCGCGGCUUUGGAAGAAGUCGUUCCGCCUGACGGGCCUUCUGUCGGUGAGGAAAGAGGAGGAGACCAUGAGUCCAGAGGAGAUCCAGUCGGACCUCCUGAAGACCCUGACGGAGACCCUGCUGGGUCCGGAGGCUUUAGAGGACUAUUAUCCUGAGCUGCUGGAGCUGGAAGACGAAGACGACACAGAAGAGGAACAAGAACAAGGACAGAAGGUAUCGGAGGAGAAACAUGAGGACAAAGAGGGAGGAAGAAAGGAGGUGAAACAGGACAAGGAAGAGACCAGGGAGGAGAUUGAGGAGGAAGGGAAGGAAACAAAGGAGGGAGGUCGGCCAGAGGACACAGAGAAGGACACAAUCAAAGGCGUGGAAGACAGGAAGGAGACAGACAAGGACAGGAAAAAAGAAGUUGAGGAGGACAGUGAGGAGGAAGGAAAGGAGACAGAGGAAGACAGGAAGGAAGUGAGCAAGGAGAGACGAGAGACCAGGAUAGUGAUAGGAGAGGAAGUCGGUGAUGAGUGGAAGAUAACUGUUAAGAGCCGGACUGACAGCGUCGAGGACGACAGGAUGGACGAAAGCUGAAGCAAAGACAGACAUGAAUGUCAACACACCUGUCCACAGGUGUCUCCAACAGGUGUCUGACGGGACGUUUACCGCCGGAUCUCCUCCCCGAAAUCUACCAAAAACCACAGAAAGUCGGGCGAUGAGACAAGCAAGAAGCACACCUGUCUACUACGUGGGGGACAUGAAGGUGACACAGGUGUGCUGUUGAGUUGGUCCCAAAUAUUUAGUUUGAACUCUUUGACCCUAUUGGUCCGGUUCCGACGGGACCCUGUUCCUAGUGGACAUUAAAAGAACUGCAGCUGGUUAAGUGGUUUAGAGACGAGCCAAUCAGCUGAUGUCCACAUGCAGGAGUUAUGAGUGAUGCUGGUUCUCCAUCUCACAGGAACAGCCAUUUAGAUAGUUAAGAACAUCUGUGUGUCUGGGUCUUAAUCCUUACACAAGACAGAUUCAACAGAUAAAUAAUGAGACAUAAAGAGACAUGAAGACCAAAAUGUUUGUGUUCCUAAAUGUUGAACUCAAAAACAAAACUCACUGAGAUGUGAAACAGAAAGUCUGAGACGUUACAAACAGCUGUUGGCAAUAAAUCCAUUGAUCUUUAAUUAAAGCAGCUUUUCUGAUCUGUUGUCUGAAGCUGCAGCAGCUUCCUCUGAAUGUUGGUGUGAUGAUGAUGAUGGGGACCAGCUCUGGAAGCUGAUUGGCCGGUUCGGGAACAUGUGUUAAUGGAUUGGAUCAUGUGAGCAGAACCUGGACCUGAAUAUUUUGAUGGUACCUCCAACAGAACGAAUGUUGUUGUACAGACGACGAUGAUGAUGAUGAUGAUGAUGAUGAUGAUAGAUCCUCUUCCUCAUUAAUAAAAUACAAACAUCUUCA